UGUCUUUUUCUCACCCAAUUUUCUUCCUAAACAAACAGAAAAUAUAUUACAUAAUCCUGGGGUCUACCUUGGGGCCAUCUCUAUACCAGCAACCACAAACCCUUCAAACAACACAACCCAAAAUCUUCCACGAUUGAUCAAUAAUGAACGAGGAGUCCAACCAGCAGCACCACCAAAGGGUUCACCGAAACGACGGCAACCCCGCGGUCCAGUCCAGAAGGCUAACGUCCACAGCCUCUUCUUCUUCGUCAUCAUCAAAAACAAGCGUCCACGUUACAGCCUUAGACGGUCUAGUCAACGUCAAUUCCCUCUUCACCGUAGCUGUCUUCGUCGGCCUUUCUUUGACAACCCCAGGUCAACACAGUCUCGAGAACCGAGCACCAUGCGACGCCGGCGUCGAUGUCGCAAAAAAGCUCUUGGUCUUCGAAGUUGUCUCUUUCAGCUUCUUCCUUUUCUCGUCGUUGGUGGCGCAAGGACUGAAACUGGCCAUCAAUUUGUUGAACAGUAAAGACGUCGACGAAGCGUUCAGGGCGCACAUUAACCUUAAAGUUUUGAGGUUCGGGAUGAUGGGCUCCGCUGUCGGGUCCGUCAUGGGGUGUUUGUUUUUGAUGCUGUCGAUGGUGAAUGUGAUUGAGAUACGGUUGGGGCUGUUGUCUUGUGGGAGCAAAUCUUCGGUUCAUGCGGCGGCGGCGCUGGUUGUGCUGGUUUCUUUGGCUCUGUUGGUUUAUAUUUCCACGGCGGUUUACGCUUUCUUGCAUUGAAAUAAUCGAAAAAAGGUGGCCAAUAUUAAAGGAUUAAUUUCACAAUAA